CUUCCCUUAUCAUACAAUGACAUAACUUUCCCUUUGUUGCAUUGCAUUUCCAUCAUUAUUAAAUCCUAUCUUUUCAUUGUUAGGAAAAAUCUAUCAAUGGCUCGACUAUCAACCACUUUUCUUUUGGUGCAAUCAUUCCAUUCCAUUGCACUUCUGUUCUUGGAGUUGUGUGACCUGAGUUGGCAUGGUUCUCAUUUUCUCCUUUCCUUAACAGGAGGGAGUCAGUUUAUUUUAUUCUCUUCUGUUUUAUUUUUUUGAAUGCUGAUAUUGUGCAGUUGCACUACUUGGGAGGCAUUGCAAUUAUGGCAGUGCCCUCCAUUUAUCAGAACUAGUGAAGCUGCGCAAAUUCCAAACUGGAGCAUAAAAAUAAGAAAAAUUAAACUGCUUGCAUGUGCUAUGUAGCACAGACAUAAGUAGGAAGAAGGGGUCAGGAAAGGCAGUCUUGAAGACUGAUUGUGGGAAAGCACAUUACCAAAACAGUACCACAGCACUAUUGGAGAGAAGACGGGAAGGUGACUGUUUCCAUACUUGUAUAUUUCCAUUUGCAUUUUGAGCAGAUGGAUAACAACUUAACUGAAGAGUUGAAGAUUUCUAUUAUUAAGAAUAGCCAUGUUUUCUUACUUACUUUUUCACUUUCCCUUCCAGUUGUUGAGACAGACACAAAUAAUGGAUUGGUAGUUAUUGAACUGCAUCCUCCAAAUCCAUGGGAUGCAGAUCCCAGGCAGGCUGAAGAGCUGAGUUUUGGAGAGGUACAGGUAACUUAUCUAACUCAUGCUUGUAUGGAGCUUGUACUUGGAGACAAAAGAUUUAUAUUUGACCCAUGGCUAAUGGGUCCAGCCUUUGCACGUGGCUGGUGGUUACUUCAUGAACCACCCUGUGACUGGAUGGAAAGGCUUUGCCGUGCGGAUCUCAUCUACAUCAGCCACAUGCAUUCUGAUCAUCUCAGUUACCCUACACUGAAGAAACUUGCUGAACGAAGGCCAGAUGUGCCCAUUUAUGUUGGAAACACAGAAAGACCUGUUUUCUGGUACCUUGACCAGAGUGGUGUUAAGAUGACCAAAAUUAAUAUUGUUCCUUUUGGAGUUUGGCAACAGGUGGACCAGAACCUGAGAUUUAUGAUACUGAUGGAUGGUGUUCAUCCAGAGAUGGAUACUUGCAUAAUUGUUGAAUAUAAAGGUCACAAAAUCCUAAAUACAGUGGAUUGCACCAGGCCAAAUGGUGGAAAGCUUCCUGAGAAAGUUGACCUUAUGAUGAGUGACUUUGCAGGAGGAGCCUCAGGAUUCCCAAUGACAUUCAGCGGAGGAAAAUUCACUGAGGCAUGGAAAGCCCAGUUUAUUAAAACCGAAAGGAGGAAAUUGCUGAAUUACAAGGCCCAGCUGGUUACCGAUUUAAAGCCAAAAAUCUAUUGCCCUUUUGCAGGAUAUUUUGUUGAAGCUCAUCCUUCUGACAGUUAUAUCAAAAAAACCAACCUUAAAAAUGACCCAGAAGAAUUGAACAGAUUAAUAAAAAAGAAAUGUGGCGAUGUUUUCACAUGGACACCAAAACCGGGAGCGACUUUGGAUUUAGCAAGGAUUCUCAAAGAUCCAACUGACAGUAAAGGAAUUAUGGAUCCUCCUGCAGGGACAAAAGUUUUCAAAGAGUUGUGGGACUUCAAACCAUACAUUGAUUCUCUAAGUGCUGCAGUUGAUGAUGAGAUAUUUUGCUAUCCUUCCUGGAUAAAAGAAUACUAUGUGUGGGCUGGAUUUAAAGGCUACAAUCUUGUAAUAAGAGUGAUAGAAACUGAUGAUGAUUUCAAUCCUUUGCCUGGAGGCUACAACUAUUUGGUGGAUUUUUUGGAUUUAACAUUCCCAGCACAGAGACCAAGCCGUGACUCUCCAUAUGAAGAAAUCAAAGUUCGAGUCAGUGUCAUGAGGCAUGUAGUGAAGCAUGGAUUGCUUUGGGAUGACCUCUACAUAGGGUUCCAAACUCGGCUACGACGUGACCCUGACAUAUAUCACCAUCAGUUUUGGAAUCAUUUCCAAAUAAAGCUACCUCUGACACCACCUGACUGGAAGUCUUUCUUGGAGCAGCUCAAGAAGAUCUGAAAUAGAAAUUAAAAGGAACUCACUUUACAGCUGUUAAAGCAUGCUGCUGAUAAAAAUCCCACUGUAUUAAAGCUUGAUUUUGAUGCCUGGGAAAGUAUAAUAAAUGUCGAUAUGCAUAUUAUUUAUAUGUGUAUAUAUUCCGACAUAAUGCUAGAACAAUUGUUGUCUCCUCCAAUCACAACAGUUUAGAAUACGGCAAAAGAGAAAAAAAACAUAAAUAAUGUUGCCAAUGAACAUGAUAGAUGACAGCUGCACUCUCUAAUGGUUCUAUUUGUUCUUGUUAUGUGUUUACAAAUCAUUUCUGUUUCAUGGUGACCCUAAGACAAACUUAUCACAGGGUUUUCUUGGGCUGAGAGUAUGAAGAUGGAAUUUCAGCUGGUGCUGCUUUUCACUUAAUUUUUUUUUCAUGUCAGCAGCGACUUGAGAAACUGCAAGUCACUUCUGGUGUGAGAGAAUUAGCCGUCUGCAUGGACGGUGCCCAGGGGAUGCCUGGAUUUUUGAUGUUUUACCAUCCUGUGAAAGGCAUCAUGUCCCUGCAUGGGGAGCUAAAGCUGACAGACUGGAGCUUACCCCACUCCCUGAAUUCGAACCACUGACCUUUCAGUCAGCAGCCCUGCUGGCACAAGAGUUUGACCCAUUGCACCACUGGGGGCUCCUUUACUUGGUAACAUGAUAAGAAACUCUGAAAUUUCCUCUCCUAAAGACCAAUCAAAGCUAUAGAUGCCCACUCAAAUGUUCAUUAUGGCAACCCCCUUCAGUUUUUCAGGUUUUCUAGUUCUGUCUCUAAUGAUGGAUUCUAUAUCUAAUAAAAACAGCUUACAUGUC